CUUGACAACGGAGUGGCGGCCUGAGGCUCCGAAGGUGCGUACCCUAGCCCUAAAAUUCACAAACGAAAAUCAUCCAAACGCGGAGGGCUAAAGUUCACCUUCGCGUCAGUCUUUUCCCCGUCAUCACCACUGCGACAAGCGCCAGUCGAUUGAUAUAUUCAAUUCGCUGUUCAUUGCAAUAUCAAUCGCCCACCAUGGCCCCCUCUCAGCUUCCCCCGAUCUUCAACCCCACCCAGCAGGACAUUGAGCAGCUGCUCGCUGCUCAGUGCCACCUGGGUUCCAAGAACCUCCAGGUGCACAUGGAGCCUUACCUCUGGAAGACUCGCCCUGACGGUGUCAAUGUCGUCAACAUCGGCAAGACCUGGGAGAAGAUCCUCCUGGCUGCCCGUAUCAUUGCGGCCAUCGACAACCCCGCCGAUGUCUGUGUGAUCUCCGCUCGUCCUUAUGGCCAGCGUGCUGUUCUGAAGUUCGCUUCUCACACCGGUGCCACCGCCAUUGCCGGCCGUUUCACCCCCGGUAACUUCACCAACUACAUCACCCGCUCUUUCAAGGAGCCCCGUCUCAUCAUCGUUACCGACCCUCGUACCGAUUCUCAGGCCAUCAAGGAGGCCAGCUACGUCAACAUCCCCGUCAUUGCUCUUUGCGACACUGACUCCCCCACCGACUUCGUUGACGUUGCUAUCCCCACCAACAACAAGGGUCGUCACUCCAUCGGUCUGGUUUGGUGGAUGCUCGCCCGUGAGGUCCUUCGUCUCCGCGGUACCCUCGCUACCCGCGAGACCGAGUGGGACAUCGUUCCUGACCUCUACUUCUACCGCGACCCUGAGGCCGAGGAGAACAAGGAGAUCGCCGAGGAGACCAAGGUCGCUACUACCGAGGAGGUCGGUGCCGCUGCCAUUGAGUCUGGCUUCGCUGGUGAGAACUGGGACACCCAGGGUGCUGGUGCUGGUGUUCCUGGCACUGCUUUCGCUGCUGCUAGCGCUGCUGGUCCUACCAGCUGGGAGGCUGAUGGUGCUGACUGGGCCGCCAGCUCCGCUCCUGCCGCUGGUGGUGAGAGCUGGGCUGAGACCCAGCCUGCUGAGGGCAAGUGGUAAAUAAAAUAAAUAGCGACAAUGGACAGCCGUUACGAGGGGCAUGAGUUUUUCUUUUUGCGAAAAGUUGGCGCUGAGGAGGAUUGACGUUUUAAAUUUUCUCUUCACCCAUGGUCUGACGAGUAACCGACAGCAUCUCCUGCAAAGAAAACUUCUCUUGGCAUGUCUAUCCUAGUCUCUGUUUGAAAACCCCUAUUUCAAAAGCAAGAAGAAAAAAAAGGAGAAAAAGUGAUUGAAGUUUCUGAUCGGGAACCCUACAACUUGAAACCGUCUUUUUCUACUUCCCUUGGUAUGCUACAGCGACGUCUCGUUUCUUACAGUCCGUUUUCUCGUCUUGUCCACGGUGCAUCGGGGAGGAAUAGCAUUGUCAAAAAUUGACUGGCGCUUACGAGGGAAAGAUAUCCAGUUGUUCUAUUAUCUCGGUGAGCUUCUGGGGGAAAGCCCUGUGCUGUCAAUUUCCACAAGGUGGACUUAGUCGUUACCUUGGUUUCUUCCUGCAUGUUGAUUUAGUCGUAAAUGAAACGUGAUACUAGCUACCAUAUGCAUGUUCUAUCGUGUA